AUGACCGAGGACGCGGGUAGUGCCUAUCAGCGGGCGGUUGAAGUCAUCGAGGUCGCUACCAUCCCUCCUGAUCCGGAUGCCUUGAGCUGCUUUAUGUGGCGGUUGAGACCAAGUGAAGAAGCAGCUAUUUUGAUCCAGCGUUAUUCCAACCCACCUCCACAGUGGGGAAUUAAGUUAAGCUUGUCUUCCACGUUUAUUGGCCCAGAACGAUGUGCUGGUCUUGGGAGGAAACUAAUUUUAAAUCACACCGUUACGACCUUGGAUUUAUCAAUGUGUGAUAUGCAGGAUGAAGCUGCUGAGGAAUUUUUUCAUGCUUUAAAAAGAAAUCGUUGUUUAAAGCAUUUAAAUGUAGAUGGGAAUUACAUUGGCGAUAAAGGUGCAAUUGCUGCUGCAGAGUGCGUUCAAAAUUUGGAAACUUUGCACAUGUCAUGCAAUAUUAUACAGGAUAAGGGGGCAAUUGCUAUUGCAUCCUUUUUACGAAAAUCAUCCAAGAUAAAAACUCUUAAUCUGCGCGCAAACCGUAUUACAUUUUAUGGCGCUUAUAAGCUUAUAUCGGCUCUAGAACCCAUACUGGAUAUUGUUUCUCCAACCCUUCGUGAAAAUAUACUGCUACAGGAAUCACUUCCUUUAGAUGAUUCUGAGGGGAGUUUGAGUGCAUCAGCGAAACCUUCAGCUUGUGCGAGUUUGGAUAUAGAUGGAUGUACUAGAACUGAAAGCAAUGUAGACAAAUCCUAUCAAGGAAAACAAAACUCUAGUUCCAUUACGGAACCCUGCAAUGAAACGCUUCAUACUUUUUGGCUUCGGCAUAAUUGUGAUAUUCCCGAAGAACUUUUUAUGAUUAUGGAAAAAAUUCUUGCAAAACGCUUUCCUCAACCACCUAAGGGAAUAUCGAAAAAGAAAUUUGCUUCCAAACCGAAAAGAAAAUAA